UAGCAAGAAAGAAUUCGCUGCAUUGAGUUGGACCCAAAUUUGGGGUUAAAGUAGAAAACAUUAGGGCUAAUAUUCUGCAAGUUCUCGAGCCAACCAUUUUCUGAAACUUUUAGUAAGAGGUAGGCAGCGGUGGACAAAACCCGCAAAUAGCGCUUCUGGUGGAUCGACUUCUCUCAUUCGAGGACCCUGCGACAAGGAACACAUCGUAGUGUGAGAGUCAAGUAACUUGUGUAAAAGGGAAUCAAACGUUCAAGAUGGCUGAUGAAGAAGAAGCACCUGCCGAGGCCGUUGCCGUCGAGGAAGUACAGAUGAGUGUGUUGGACGCGCUCAAAGAGGUACUCAAGAAGGCUAGGAUUCAUGGUGGAUUGAAGAAAGGAUUACAUGAAUGUGCCAAAGCCCUUGACAGGCGCUCGGCUCGUCUUUGCUGCUUGGCCAAGGACUGCGAAAACGAAGAGUACAAGAAGCUUAUUCGAGCUCUCUGUGCUGAAGGCGAAGUCCAUGUUCUGAUGGUUGAAUCAGGAAAGGAACUUGGUGCCUGGUGUGGUCUAGCCAAAUUGGAAGACGAUGGCAGUGUCAAAAAAGCUGUUCGCACUUCUUGUGCUGUCAUCACUGACUUUGGGGAAGAGACAAGGGCUCUCUCUAUUCUGCUUGACUACCUACAGAAGCAAGCGUCCGAGGCUGAGCUAUAGUCGCAUGUAGAGUUGCUUGUUAGGCUGAACUACAGUAGUAGAAUUUACGCCAAAAAAGUCUCUUGUAGCUGAGUCGCCCUUGCUUUUUAGCUGAAAAUGGUUUGGACUAGCUAGAUAAUACGGUAGACUACGACGUGAAGUACUGUGAACGAUCAUACAAACUAAACUGUUCUGGGAGUUUAU